UUUAGAAAAUAAUGUAAACAUUUCAACUGUUUGCAGUCCUUCAAACAUUUAAGCAGAAGACAAUUUACGAAUCAUUACAUUUUUGUUAAAAACAUUAAAAAGAGAACAGGAAAAUAAUAUUUUAGAGCGACACCGUAAGCGACGGAAUUAAAAAAGUAAACAACUCUGAGUCUGAGCAGAUAGCGUGCAAAUAGGACGUCAAAUAACGUAAACGAUGUUAGUUUUGUUUAGUCAUUUGCUCACUGCGCCUGUGUGUUGUCUUCUACUAUGGACUUCCCUCGGCAUGUUGGUACCUUUUUUGUCAAGUCAGCAUAUCCGGAAACGUCCAGAAGAAGAUGUUUUUGAACUGAGCCUGGUUGUGUUUGAUAUAUUUCUGGUGCUGUUGUUCAUACUACAACACACGAUGAUGGCAACAUCAUGGUUCAAGUCAGCGCUGGCGUACUGUAAUAUAGUGGUUAUAGAGAGGCUCCUGUAUGUUGCUGCCACAUCAGUUGCUUUACUCACCAUGAUGGUGCUAUGGAUACCCAUUGAGAGCUAUCCACUAUGGUUCAUAGACACGAGUGACAGCAUUGCUUUGUGGUUAUUCUUCACUCUGCUUCAUGUCCUCGCAUGGUUUAUCCUCUUCUUGCAAGUGCUAGUGAUGAAUCCACUGGAACUGAUUGGAAUAAAACAGAUCUACUAUUAUCACAAAGGACUCGAGUCUCCGUUAGUGUACCUGUCCAACCGACUGAAGCGACUUUAUCUGCACAUGCGACAUCCAGGAGCUACCUGUCUAUUCGUCAUUCUCUGGUUCCACCCUCACAUGACCCUCGACCGAUUUAUUCUCGCCUUUUUCCUCAAUAUAUUCCUACAUUGUGGCUUUUCGGUUACUGAGCUUGAUUACAAAUUUGCCAGAACUGAAUUUAUUGUUAAGAAGGUGUCAUAUCAAUUUGAAAAAGUAGAGUAAAUUCAUUUGGUGCUCUUUCUCUGAUUCUCUAUUUGGUGCUACAGGGUAUGUUUUGAAUUUCAGAAAGAAAGCAAAUGUUUACUAAUGGACAGACUAAAAUACAGUGGUUAUAUGGAUGGGAAAAUAUAUAUUUAAAGGUCCGAUGUCAUUGUUACAAGUGCCAUAUUUAUUUAUUUAUUUUGCACACAAUAUUUGGAUUUAAUUAAUUUGAGAAUAUCAUAAUUUUAAUGUUGACAUUUAUAUCCGAUCAAUGUGUGUGCUAUUAGUACUUAUUGUUAAACAAAACAAAUUCAUAAAUGUUGGAAAUAUCAAGUUGUGGAUUUCAACCAUUAAAUAGAGAUCUAUCAUUACGAUUACAGCUAAAAUAUACCAUGGCAGAUGUGUGUAAACAGUUUUGCUAAGAGGAAUGGACUAACAUUUUUAAAAAUACAUUAUUACACUGAGUUAACAUAAUGUAUGUUUGAAAGUUGUAUCAUGAAUUUUCUUUAUUUUGUUUGAAUGGUGUUGAAGCUGUUGCAAAUAGUAUAUUAUGAUAUGUAUCACAAUACAGAGAACCCGUAUCAUGAUAUUAUUAUUAUUAUCGCAAUAUGAAAAUUUGCAUAAUACCCAUGCCUACUUAGAUAUUAGGUAGAGUAGUAAAUUUGUGGUCAUCACAGCUUUUUUUUAGAACUUGCAACUUUUUGUCUAAUUUCAGUUUUGUCAAAACCAGUGUAUUUCUGGUCAUCUUGGCAUUUGUAAUAGCUCAAAGUGCAUCUAGUGAAAGAAAAAAGGUAUGUACCUUGGGAACUAUAUGCAGUGUCGAUGACUAAACAUAGAAGUAAAAAAUUAUGUCAGAUAUCACAUUUUUUAAUAACGUCUUUUGACUACAUUUAUUCUAAUUGAAAAAGAAUUGACUUGAUAUUUAUGACAUGUAAUUUACCUGAAGAUUUGUUUCUUUAUUUGUUAUAAUUGUUGUUUUAAGUUUUAUUACACAUACAUAAUGUAAACCAUGUUUUAUGUCAUUCACACAUUUUUGUGUAUGUAAUUCUCUUUUAUACUUGUGUAUUUUUACACAACUUUAUAACGCUGAUGUUCACAUUUAUCUUUCUUCUAAUGCAAAAUGUAUUAUUGAUAUUAUUAUACACUACAGGUUUUCAAAUUGUGUGCAGUACUGUGUACAGAAAUAUGUUUAUUUUUAUCUGCAGCAAUAUUUAACUUUUUAGUGUAUAUUAAAUGUUAUUUUAUUCUUUAGUAGAUAUAUCAUAUAUUUUAGGCAAAACCAUGGUAAUUUUUAAUCUUUAUAACUGAAUAAAGAAAUUUAAUAGUA